AUGAUGAAAAUAUCCGAGUUGCCAGGUGAUGAAGAUGCUGGACUGACCUGUAGAACUUAUGUCUUUCAAAACGAAAGCCACACAUUAGGGAAUGCAUUAAAAUGUAUCAUCGACAGAUAUGAAGAUGUCCAAUUCUGUGGCUACACUGUCCCUCAUCCGGCAGAAGCCAAGAUGCAUUUCAGGAUACAAACUCACGAAACUCCAACAUUAGAUAUACUGAAAAGAGGACUUACAGACUUGCAAAAAGUGUGUGAACACACAAUAGAUCUCUUUGAAAAAGAAGUAAAAGAAUUUACCAAACCUUAA